AUGUCCGGCGCCGUGGGCCGAGAGGCAGUAUUCCCAACUCGCCAGUCAUUGGGGUUGAUGAAGAACAAGCUGAAGGGGGCGGAGAUCGGCCAUAGUUUACUGAAGAGAAAGAGUGAAGCUCUAACAAAGCGUUUCCGAGACAUCACACGUCGCAUUGAUGAAGCCAAACAAAAGAUGGGACGGGUCAUGCAGAUCGCGGCCUUUUCGCUGGCCGAAGUAAGCUACGCUGUCGGUGGAGAUAUCGGCUACCAAAUCCAGGAGUCCGCCAAGCAGGCACGUUUCCGCGUGCGAGCUAAGCAAGAGAACGUCUCCGGAGUUUUGCUGCCGGCAUUCGAAAGCUACACACAGGAUGGAGUCAAUGACUUCGGUUUAACAGGUCUAGGAAAGGGAGGACAACAGAUUGCACGCUGCCGGGAGACAUAUGCACGUGCUGUCGAGACACUGGUGGAACUGGCGAGCUUACAGACUGCAUUCCUGAUCUUGGAUGAGGUUAUCAAGGUUGUCAACCGAAGAGUCAAUGCAAUUGAGCAAGUUAUCAUCCCUCGAACUGAGAACACCAUUAAAUACAUCAACUCCGAACUCGAUGAGCUUGAUCGAGAGGAGUUCUACCGCCUGAAGAAGGUCUCGGGCAACAAGCAGAGAAAUGUUGCUGCCGCGGACGCUGAGAUGGAAGCUGCCCGUCAAAAGAAAGCAGAAGAGCAGGCGGCAAACGCACCGGCUGCUGCUGUAGUGGCCGUUCAACCAGAAGAGACGCCAGAUAUUCUGGGCGAAGAGGAAGACAAUGAUGUUAUUUUCUAG